AUGGUGUGUGUUGACAUUCUCAAAUAAUAUCAUCCUGAAUAGUAAGGAAAGGUUUACAUGAAAUAAGAUCGAUACUUAAAGAAACGUGUAUUAUAUUUGGAUGGAAAUAUGAAUACAGUUGCUUAGAUUACUAUUCCUGUAAAUUUGAGACAAAAUUAUGUAAAUAUUAUCAUUUAUAUUAGCUUCACUUUUAAAUUUAAGUUCCUUCGACAGGUGUGUUUAUAAUUUCUAUAAACUAUUAAAAUAAGGGUUAAAAUUUCAAAGUUUCAAUUAGCAAUGUAAUUUGAAUUAUUAUUUAAAAUAGUUGUUUAAACAAGUUUCUUACCCUCAUGAAAAUUAGAUUAAUCAACCAUGUGAAGGAUUACCAAAUUGGGGUACAAUAGUUGUGGAUUUGAAAAGUUUUUAUAGUUUUACAGAGAUAACUUAAUUAAAUAUAAGUGGAAAUAUUGCUGUUAAAAAUAUUUAUAAUACAAAUGAGGAAUAGUUGUUACCAACAGAUUGUCAAUUAAAUAGUGUACAUAGGACUUUAAUAAAACAUAUAAAACCAAAAUUAGCACCUUUAAAGGGUAUUUUGAAAACAAAAGGUAAGAAACAAGAAUAGGCUCCUUUGGAAGAAAUUCCUUUACCUCAAGAAAGAGUAUCUCCUAUGAAAUAGGAUGUAAGAGAACUAAUAAUAGAAGAAUAAGAGGUUCAAAUAAAAAGUAAACCUUAAUCAAUAAUGAAAUUAAAACAUAUUCAUGGAUAUACUCCAAAACAUUAAGCAAAUGUAAUAUUUUUAGAUGAUAAUUAUUUUGCUUUUCCUUGUGAUAAAACAAUUGUAAUAAUGUCAGAAAAAGAAUAAAAGUUUUGUUCAGCAACAAGUGAAAUAUAAUCAAUAACAAAAUAUAAAAAUGAAUUAAUAGCUGCUUGUGACUCUGAAAUCUUAACUUUUGAUUAUACUACUUGUUAAAAACUCAAUCAUUAUAAAUUAGAAGGAUACAAAGCUAAAUUUAUAUAAAAUUAAGAUGAUACAUUAAUAGUAUUAGCAAAUGAUGAGAAACAUUAAAUGUUAUUAUUGAUUAGAAAUGAAACAAUAGUAAUUAAAUAAGCAUCACCAUUUCAUAUUUAAACAUUUAAAAUACAAGACAAAGAUAAUUUUAUAUCAGUAGGUAAAGAGAAUAUUAGAUAUUGGCAUAUAAAAGAUACUUGUCUACAAGGCCAUUCUCCAUAUUUGGGAUAGUAUGCUAGAGAGACUGAUUUUACAGAUUUGUUAAUAUAGGAUAAGAGAGUUUUAGGAUGUUGUAAAAGAGGUAGAGUUUUUCAGUUUAUAGAAAAAGAAUUAACUGGUGUAUGGUAGAUUUCAGAAUCACCUAUUACUACAUUAAAUAAAUUUACAUCUAAUGUAGUAACUACACAUAAAGAUGGAAUUAAAUUUUGGAAGUAAGAUUUUAGUGAACUUGUCAGAGAUAUUAAAUGUGAAGUUGAAGUAAUAGGUUGUGAUAGUAGAUAGAAAUUAGUAUGUGCAUUUAGAGAUAAAUCAAUAGGAAUUGUAGAUGAUAAAACUAUUAAAUAUUUGGUACAUUCUCAUUAAUAGAAUAUAUUGGAUUUAAUUAUUGUCUAAGAUAAAAUUGUUUCAUCUGCUAUGGAUCAUGAAAUAAAAAUAUGGAAUAAAAAUCUAUCAUUAGAAUAUUAAUUUAGAUGUCUUGAUGGUUUGGCAUCAUCUUUAUGUGGUUUAUCAACUAAACCUUAAUUUAUAGCUGGUUUUGAUAAUGGUUAUAUUAGAGUAUUUGAAUUAUAAACUUAUACUGUUAUUUUAGAAAUAGAUACAAAACAUCCAAUUCUAGCUUUGAGUGGAAAUUUAAAUGAUACUUUAUUUCUAAUAACUCAUGAAAACGAGACACUUAUACUUAAUAAUAAAUUAUUAAUUAUUAAGUAACAUCAACAUCAAAUUAAAUAUAAUUAAAAUAAUUAAUAAAUUGCAUUUAAUGGAUUUUUUAAUGAAUUUUAUUAUAUUGCUACUAGUUCUCAUAUUAAAUUAUACUCUUGUGAUCAUUUAGCAGAAAAAUAUCAUUUGAAUAUACCAAUAAGUUCUAUUGAUUGUAAUGAUGAGCAUCUUCAUAUUGUAAGUAAUGGUAAUAUCAAAAGAUUUGAUAAAUAAUUAAAUUUUCUAUAAGAAUUAAUAUCUAAUAGUGUUUAUAUUAAAAGUUGUAAUAAUUAUGUUUUUAAUGCAAAUAACAAAGAUUAAUUGGUUGUAUAUGAUUAUUUAUUUACAAGUGAUGAGACUGGGAAUCCUAUUAAAUAAGUAUAUUAAUAAAAGGUUAAAAAAUUAGUAAUUUCAUCAUAAAUAAUUAGUUAUGUUGAUGAUUUCAUUUUUAUAUGGGAUACAAAUGGUUUACAUUAAACAAUGCUAACUCAUCCAAUAGAUAAACCUUAUAUAAAUUAAUUAAUUGAUGUUAUAUAAGAAACAAUGAGUCCACAAAAAUAAAAAUUAGAAAAAGAAAAAACAAUAAAAUAAGGAAAAGAAAAUAAAAAAAAUAAUUAAUAAAAAUAAUAAUAAUAAUAACAAUAAUAAUAAUAAUAAUAAUAAUAAUAACAAUAAUAAUAAUAAAUAAGUCCAAAAUCAUCUCCUAAAGCUGUUAUUCCUAAUCAACAUUUAAAUAUUUAAAAUCAAAAUAAAUAAUUAAUAAUUGAUGAAUAAUAAUUACCAAAAUUAAAAAUCAAAAAAGUUAUAGGUUAUAGAUUUAGCGACGUAUACAUUUAAUAAUUUCCAUGGAAUAAGGAAGAAUAAUUUUAUGUUUUACCAUCAGAAUAAUUUAUUUCAAUCAAUUACUAUACUUAACAUAAAUAAUAGUUAAUAUUAACUACAUAAAUAUAAGCCAUUCAUUAUAGCAUUAAAGGAAUAAUCGUAUUACUUAAAUAAUAAGUCCUAGUAUUUGAUUUAAAAAUGGAUUUAAUAAAAUAAUUUGAUUUUGCUGGAUAAUUAAACUGUUCUACUGUAUCUCCAUGUGGAAAUUAUUUAUUAAUGAUAAAUGAAAAUAGAAUUUAAAUAUAUAUAUUAAGUAGUGGUAAGAUUCUGACUUAAACAAUAAUACAUUAUGGAAAUGGUAAUAUUUAUACAGAUUGGUGUCAUGAUUAAGAUUUAAUGUUUGUUACUCUUAGUGGAAUCUAAAAUUAAUUAUGGAGAGUCAAUUAAAAAGCAUUAUUAGAAUACUGUGAUUUAGAUAUACAACCAACUUAUUAUUAAAGUAGUGGAUAUUAUAAAUAAUCUUUGGUAGUUUCAUAAGGAUAAAAGAUUCAUCACAUUGAUAUUAAAUAAGCUCGUACUCUUUUAACAAUUGAAAAUGCCACAUCUCAAGAUAUCACUUAAGUAGUAUGUACUAAAGAAUAUGUUCUAUUAUUUACAAAUUCACCAAACAUAUAUAUUUACACAUAUCAAUUUAAUGAUAAAUAAAUUAUAUCUUUAGAUAGUAUUCCAUUAGGAUAUUCAAACAUAUUUUAAUAGGAUAUAAUAGUUGCAACUAGAUCUUAGAUAUGGUUUGUGGAUAUUCAAUCAAGAACAACAGUUAAAAUUGAACCUAACAUUCCAUUAGAACAUAAAAUUCUUUGUACUCAUUAAGAUAUGCUGGGUACUUCAGAAGGAACCAUAAUGAUUAAUAAUGAUGAAAUUUUAGUUCCAAAAAGAUAGUGUUAAUAAAUUUAACAUUAUAAGAAUUGUAUAAUAGCUGGAUAUUCUGAUGGUUAUUGUAGAAUAUUUAAAGAUUUUUAAUUGAUAGGUUAAAUUUAAGUUGGAAAGAAUGUGACUGCUUUGGUAGCAAAUUCUAAAAAUUAUUUUGUUGUUGGUAAUGAAUUAGGGUAAUUGUUUUAUUGUACUGGUUUAAAUGAAAUAAAAAUGCAUGAAAUAAUUAAAGAGAGAGGAGAGUUUGCAAUUAUUUCUAUUGAUAUUAAGGAUAAGUUAAUUGCUUAUAGUACUGGAAAUUAAAAGGUUUCCAUAUUACAUUAUAAAGAAAAAGAAGAGUUUAUCAUAAAGAAAGCUACAUAGAUAAUUGAUGAUAAUCCUGAAUAUUAUUUAAUGGAUAGUUAUAGAUUUAGAUCAAUUGAAUAAUGCUAAAUAUAAUUUAGUAAAACUAAUCAAGAAUAAAUUAUAAUGAUGUGUUCUUAAAUAGUAAUCAGAAAUUAUAUUGAACAUUUAAAUAUUAUAACAAUAGAAUGUAAUGGUAUAUCGUUUAUGCAAUUUAAUUAAUAUUUAAUAGUUGGUCGAAAAGAUGGUACUGUUAGUAUGUAUGAUAAUGAAAUAGAAUUAGAUAAAGUUCUUAUAUCCUAGUUUCCUAUUCACAUGAUGCAAAAUGACAAAAUUGCAUAUGGAAAUAUGAUUAGUGAAUUAAUAUAAUGA